ACAAGUUUUCUGAUGUAUUUGCUUGCACCUUCUUCCCCUGCUGUUUGGUGAACCCAGCCCCCCUCUCCCCCCCCCACCGCUCUCCCAAGGAUGGAUCAUUCCCAGUGCCUUGUGACUAUAUACGCCGUAGUGGUUCUGCUGGGUCUCCGGUUGGAGCAAGGCGCCUGCCAGCACUAUCUGCACAUCCGCCCGGCUCCCAGCGACAACUUGCCCUUGGUGGAUCUAAUCGAGCACCCGGACCCUAUCUUUGACCCCAAGGAGAAGGAUCUUAACGAGACCUUGCUCAGGAACCUCAUGGGCGGACACUUCGACCCUAACUUUAUGGCUAUUUCCUUGCCCGAGGACCGGCUGGGAGUAGACGACCUGGCUGAGCUGGACUUGCUGCUCAGGCAGAGACCCUCGGGAGCGAUGCCCAGCGAAAUCAAAGGGCUGGAGUUUUACGACGGGCUGCAGCCGGGCAAGAAGCACAGGCUGAGCAAGAAGCUGCGCAGGAAGCUGCAGAUGUGGCUCUGGUCCCAGACCUUCUGCCCGGUCCUAUACACGUGGAACGAUCUCGGCAGCCGCUUUUGGCCCCGGUAUGUCAAAGUGGGCAGCUGCUACAGUAAAAGGUCUUGUUCAGUCCCAGAAGGCAUGGUUUGCAAGCCUGCCAAGUCCGUGCAUUUAACGAUCCUGAGGUGGAGGUGCCAGCGCCGGGGCGGGCAGCGGUGCACGUGGAUACCCAUCCAGUACCCCAUCAUCUCGGAGUGCAAGUGCUCCUGCUAGGGCUUGCGCCUCCCCGCCGGCCCCUUCUCUAGCGGACUCACGUGGACCUUUGCUGCAACAAAAAUAAAAAGACAUUGGCUUUCUGGUUAACGUUGUAAUGCACUGUAACGUGUAGGAGAAUGUAUAUUGUGUGUAUAUAUGGCACCGUUUUAAUAUACUAUUAAAAGAGAGAAGUUGCUGCGCUUUGGCGAGGUUGUUUGUUGUUGUUGUUGUUAUUGUUGUGGGUUUUUUUUAACAAAAGGAUUAAAAAAUAAAAACCAAACUUUUUGAUAAGAAAACGUUUUAAAGCUAUUUUCCAUUCUUCGGAAAGCGUGUUUGUGAGUCUUUUUCCUUAUGGACUUUAGAUUAAAAAAAAAAAAAAAGAAAAAAGAAGAAACGCCUAGAGCACAAUGUUAUUGUAAAUAGAGAGAACAGUUUGAAUGACUUAAUCCUAUGUAAAUGAAGAGUAUCUGCUAUUUAUUCUUUAUAUCCUUGUAGUAAAAGUGCAGUGCAGAAUUAAAGUCAACCACUAAAACACGA